UAUUUUUUCGCCCUCAAAACCGCAGUUGUGAUCAUGUUGUUGCCUUGUUUGGAAGCUGCCACAUUUUCGCAGUCAUUUUGUUUUGCGUCAUUUUGCUUACUUUCCAGCUGACGUUCGCUCGAGUUCGAACACGAAGCAAUAGAAAGCAACUACUACGCGAGCAAAGUAACAUUGCCAAAACGAAAAAAAAAUGUCGAGCAUUGUGCGCGAGGCUUCCCACGCAGGCAGCUGGUACGACGAAGGCGGCGCGCGGCUGGAAUCGCAGCUGGACGGCUGGCUCGCUGCUGCGAACUCCGACGCCGACUCAAACCACACACCAGCCCGAGCCAUCAUUGCGCCACACGCUGGAUACAGCUACAGUGGUCCGACGGCAGCGUUCGCGUACAAGCAGAUCAUUCCUGACAACGUGCAACGCGUCUUCAUCCUGGGGCCAUCCCAUCACGUCUACCUGAAAGGAUGUGCACUCUCCCGCUGCACGGAAUACGCAACUCCGCUGGGAAAUCUAAAGCUGGAUGCAGCCAUCAUUGCGGAACUGAACGCGACACAGUCGUUCGAAUUCAUGACCAAGAGCGUGGACGAAGAAGAGCACAGCAUUGAGAUGCACCUGCCAUACAUUCGCAAAGUCUUUAACAAAAAUGCCAACGCUACCAUCGUCCCGAUUCUUGUGGGCGCCCUGGCGACAGAGAAGGAGGCCGUGUACGGCAAAAUCCUCGCCCCGUACCUCGCCAAUCCUGCCAACAUUUUUGUCGUGAGCUCAGACUUUUGCCACUGGGGCUCGCGAUUCAACUAUACCUACACCACCUCGUCGCAAGUGCCCAUCCACGAGUCCAUCAACAUUCUGGAUCACCAGGGCAUGGCGCUGAUUGAGCGACUCGACUGCGAUGGUUUUGCGGCCUAUCUCAAAUCGACCAAGAACACUAUUUGCGGCCGCCAUCCCAUCGGAGUGUUGUUGCAGGCAAUUCGCGCAGUCCGCACAACCGACACCGCCUUCCAACCCAAUCUCAAGUUCGUCAAGUAUGCACAAUCGAGUGCUUGCAAGACCCAGCGUGACAGCUCUGUUUCCUACGCCUCUGCGUCUCUUCGUGUUGACUAGGCCAAUUCUGGAUUUGUUUUUGUUGGCUGUUUUUUUUUUUUUUUUUAACUCUCUCGGCCAGACGACACAAAGCAAAUAUACUGUUAUACAACG